AUGGCUGGGAAAUUUACAAUGCGUCCGACUAGAGAAGACUUGCGCGCGUGGGGAUUAGGAAGCAUUAGAGCAACUUCUUGAAAUUCGCGUUUGGACCGCUGCGCGACCGCGACGCCUAGAUCCAUUCCAAGUGCGACCACGGUGUGUUUUCCUCCCUCCUUUCAAAGAAGUACUAACUAGUCUUUAAUUUAUUUCUUUAUCAUUUUUCUUUUUGAAGAUUGUAUCAUUUUUUUCAGUACCCCCUCACUUUCAUUCUUUCCUUACCAUACACAUAUUACGGCAUCUCACUUUUGAAAGUAACCCAGUUUUUUUUUUUAAAUCCUCCGGUAUUUUGAAUAAUUUGUGAUUUUUUUCAAUGUUCUUGUCUACCCAGUGAUACUUUUCGAUUUUUUUGGAGGUAAAGUGAUCUUUUUUUCAAAAUUGCGACGAUUCAAAUUUCAUGCAUCAUGAAUAAAAAAAUUCCCUUUUUUUGAAUUUUUUUGAAUUUUUUUCUGUUGCCUUGGUUCUGAAACUAUUUUUGAUGAGAAGAAGUGACUUUUUUUCAGGAUUUUCAGAAAAUUGAAGAUUUAAGGAAAAAUGUCCUGGCUCAUUUCCGAGUGGUGGGCGAAAAGCGUUGGCCGUUUCCAUGGGAACGGGCUUUGGCUUUGAAAAUUGCAGGUAAAGAGAAAUUAUGUUUUAUUUAUAAUUUAUUAAUUUUCCUUGAAUUCUUAGAUUGUUAUAACGUUUUUUUAGGUCUUCUAUGUUCGUAAAACAUCUUGGUGUCUCAAAAAUUAUGAAGUUCGAUAGCAGAUUUUGAAAUUUUUUGAAAAACUAGGUUUUUUAUUUUCAUAUAUCAACUGAUUUGACGUGAAUUUUUCGAUUAUAGAAUCGUUUUUUUUUCCGGAGUCAAUGCACUGGAUCGCUUUUUAUUGAGAAGUGUAGGGACGCUUUGAAUUCGAAACUAACUUGCAAAAUCAAUUUUGUUGAAAAUGUCUUUGAAAAUUUAAAAAGACUUUUUUCGCUUCAAAUACGAAGAAUUCUAGUUUGAAAUAACUUUUUUUUUCUCAGAAAGAUCUUUCAGAAGAAGAAUUUGACGUAAAAAAAUUGAUAUUCAUCUGACAAAAACAGCCAAUAAAUAUAUUGAUUGAUGAUACAAGAAACAGGUGAUUUUUUCAAAAUUCAAUAAAAACCGCUUCAUUAUCGAAUAUAUUCCCCUGUUUCUAUAUUCUUCCUGAUUCAUCUUUUUUUGUGGGCUUUUUUCAAACCUUACACUAUUCAUUAAAGAAAUGACCAAUUCGGAAAAAGUGAACGGCGAGGACAUCUGGCAAGACCGCGAGAUUCGUUUCGACGUCGAUCACAAGUUCGUUUCCAACUCAACUCAAAUAAAAACUAUGAUAUUUUUCGAUUACUCCGAUUGA